AUGGAAAGCCCAGUGAGGGCUGAGCCAGCUACCCCAACCCUAGCUCCCCGAAACCAUACUCCUUCUCUAAGUCCCAGAGCUGAGGCCAAAGAGAAGAGGUCGGAGGAGAGCGAGGGAACAGCGGAUGAGUGUGAGGCAGUGGACACAGAGGAGGACCCUAUAUGUCUCUCGCUGUUAUCAAAGAUGACCGUGUUUGUGGAGGCGCCAGCAGAGGAUGCAUCAGAGAAGGCUGCGGCUGAGGAGGCUGCAGCCAAGGAGAGGGCUGAGAGAGAGGCUCAGAGGCAGCUCCUGGCCACAGAGGAGCUGGUCUACACCGAGAGGAACUACCUGAGACUCCUCCAGGUCUGCACCUGCACCAUCAGGAGCAACCUGCAGAAACUACAGCCUCAGCUGCCUAACCUGGACAGCAUGUUCCUGUACAUAGAGGAGGUGAUUGAUGUGUCGGGACGCCUCCUCAGCCUCCUGGACCAGAAGCAGGUCACGCCCCAUGAUCCUCUCUUUCUGGAGACCCUGUGCGACGCCUUCCUCAGUCUAUCAACAGACAUAGAGUCGGCUUACAAGGAGUACCUGUCCAACUACAGCAACGUCACAGCGUUAGAGAACAGCUACAAACAGAAAGAACCCCUGUGGACUGAGAUGGUGAAAGUCAUCAAGUCCUCAGCGCCAGAGGUGAAUGCUACCUCUCUGAGCUUCUUCCUGGUGAUGCCAGUCCAAAGGAUCGCUCGCUACCCUCUUCUCCUCCAGACCAUCAUGAAACAUACAGACCCUGGGCACCCGGCCUACUCUCUCCUGGAGCAGACUGCCCACGCCGCCGUAGCCAUCAACUGCAGGAUCAAUGAGUACAAACGCUUCCGAGAAGUUGCCGACAAAUACAAGAAGACGGAAACCCUGACCAUAAGAGAUAAGAUAAACCGUCUGAACAGCCACAGCAUCGCAAAGAAGACUGCCAGACUGAGUCAGUUCAUCAAGCAUGAGACGGGGAUUGCACCAAAGUUGGUUGAUGAGGAGUUUGAUGCCUUGGAGGGCUUUUUCUAUCUCCUCGAAAAUGGUAUCGCCGUGCUACAUGAAAAUGUGGAGACGUAUCUCAGCCAUCUGCAGGAGAAGAGGAUAAGGACCUUGGUCCACAAGCCCCUCUGUGCCCUUCGAGAACUGCUGGCGGGGCCUCGUAACCUGAUCCGUAAGCGCCUGGACAAGCUGCUUGACUACGAGCUGAUCGAAGAGAAGCCCAGUCUGAGCUACGAUGAGCAGGCGGUGGCAAACACCUAUAAGACCAUCAACACGUUGCUCCUCAACGAGCUGCCCCAGUUUAAUGGCCUGGCCCUCACCCUGCUCUGGGGCAUGCUGGGGGCCUUCAGCUGCCUGCACAAGGAUUUGGCUGCAGACAUGGAGCAGCUCUUCCAGGGCUUUGCCCAACAGCUCCCUCACAGUUCCCUGGAGCCUAAUGCAUUCUGGGAGUGGGCAGAGUGUUCGGUGCUGGAGGGUGCGAGGAUGCUGGAGAGUCUGUGUCGGAAUGUGGAGGACCAACUCAAUGCUCCCAUUGUCCAGCCUCUCAGCCCUGGGUCUCAGAAGUGUCUGAAGGUCCUGACAGACAAGCACGGCUCAGGCAAGAUCUACCAGCUGACGGGUCAUGUGGUGGGGACUAGAGACCUGGACCUGAGCCUGAACAGAGGAGAGCUGGUGGCCAUCAUCAGUGAGAUGGACACACGGGGGGACAGACGCCGCUGGCUGGUCGACGCAGGGGGUCCAAGAGGAUACGUCCCCUCCUCCAAACUGGUGCGUUACCACCAGGUAACCAUGGCCCCUCCCCCGUCCCCUCAUCUGACAGUCACUACCAUGGAUUGUGCUGGAGGAGUCAGGCGACACUCCUACACCCCUGACAUCAGGCGACACUCCUUCUCCCCUGAUACACCCCAGCCCGUGAGGACUCUGUCGAUGACCAUGCCCUGCCUCCAGGUGUUUGCAGGCUAUGACUUCACGGCGAGGAGCAGUCACGAGGUCUCUCUGAGGGCGGGGGAACCAAUCAGAGUCCUGGAACCCCACGACAAGAGGGGUAGCCGUGACUGGAGCCUGGUGGAGGUACGGGAACAGAGGGGGUAUGUGCCCUCCAACUACCUGGCAGCGGUGCCUACAUCUAUGUCGCCCACCACCCCCUACCACUAG